CAAAACUAAAACCCUAUCUGGUAUAUAGAUUUAAGCCUGGUUCUACUUCAUCAAGUCUCUAACCGGCGCAGCCAUGACCGACGAAGAAGCGCUGUGCGAGGCAGCUCGGAACGGCGACUCGGACAAAGUGAAAUCAUUGAUAGAGUCCGGAGCCGACGUCUCAUAUUUCGAUAGCGACGGCCUGAAUCCACUGAUGCACGCGGCCAAGCACGGCCACGCGGAGGUGGUCAAGGACCUCAUCGACGCCGGCGCUCCCUGGAAUGCUCUCUCUCCUUCCAAUCACUCUGCCGGCGACUUCGCCAUGGAGGCUGGCCACCAAGAAGCCUUCGACGCCCUCCUCAAUGCAGCAUUACAAGCAGAAUUGAUACUUGGCACAAUUGCAAGGAAGGGAAAUGCGAACAAGAACUCUGAUGAUUACUUGGAAGAUAGAGUUAGUUUCAGUGAGGAUAAGAUUAUGGAUGCAGAAAGCAAGGCUGUUAUGAUGGCUUGGGAGAAACCAUUGAUGGAGGCUCAUGCAAAGGCAGUUUGCUCAAAUGGCGGCCAUGUUUUGAACGUUGGAUUUGGAAUGGGGCUCGUGGAUACUGCCAUACAGCAAUAUGCACCUGCUUCACAUACUAUUAUUGAAGCUCAUCCUGAGGUUUAUGAUCGCAUGAUACGUCAAGGAUGGGACAAGAAGGAUAAUGUGAAGAUCAUUUUUGGUCGUUGGCAGGACGUUGUUUCACAACUUGAAUCUUAUGAUGGUAUAUUCUUCGAUACAUAUGGGGAAUAUUAUGAAGAUAUGCGAGAGUUUCACCAAUAUCUUCCUAAAUUAUUGAAUCCUGGUGGUAUCUAUUCAUUCUUUAAUGGCCUCUGCGGAGGUAACCCUUUCUUCCAUGUUGUUUACUGUCAAUUAGUUUCCCUGGAACUUGCCAGCACGGGUUAUUCUACACAGUUGAUACCUCUACCGGUGAAGGAUUGCUUAAGCAAAGAAAUCUGGGAAGGUGUUAAACACAAGUACUGGGAGUUGGAUACAUAUUAUCUCCCUGUUUGUCAGUCUACAAAUGAAUCUGACUGAUUUUAUUUACUUGUUUUUUAGUGAUAACAAUAGACCAUUUUGUGGACCCCAUACAUAGGGGGAGCUUUGUAUUCCAGGCUUCUAUUUGUUUUUUAAUAUAGUUAUUUUCAAGUAAAGAUCAUUCUCGUUCACAAAACGUAACAGCAGGAGAUGCGCAUCUCUUGAUAUUUUGUUAAAUUCAUAGUUAUUCCAUGUGUACUAAUUUUCAGCAAUGAUAUUUAGAAUUUUGUAA